GCUCCCCGUGAGCGUUCAAGCCAGAGGCACCGCGCUCGCCCCUCCGCUCGCUGCGGGAUGGAAGCGAAUCGCGUUGACAAUUAACCCGUGACCUCCCCCGCCCGCGGUGGGCAGUGCUGCAGCUUUAACACGGGCGGGGGAAGCGGGGGAGGGAGGACAGCCUUUCCCAGCCCCGAAGCUGCCGCAGCUCCUUCGCUCCUGCCCCGCAGCGCCCAUGGGGAGCCGCAGCCUCUCCGCCUGCCUCCUGGCCGCCCUCCUCGCCUUCCUCCUGCCGCCCCCCGCCGCCUCCCGCAAGCUCCUGGUAUUCCUUCUCGAUGGCUUUCGCUUCGACUACAUCGACGACAGCGAACUGGAGGGUCUGCCGGGCUUUCGGGAAAUCGUCAACAUGGGAGUUAAGGUGGAUUACAUGACCCCGGACUUCCCCAGCCUUUCCUACCCCAACUACUACACGCUGAUGACGGGUCGCCACUGCGAGGUCCAUCAGAUGAUUGGAAACUACAUGUGGGACCAAAAAGCAAAUGUAUCUUUUGAUAUUGGUGUGAAUAAAGAAAGCCUGCUGCCUCUCUGGUGGAAUGGAUCAGAGCCUCUGUGGGUCACAAUGAUGAAAGAAAACAAGAACGUUUCCAUGUACUACUGGCCAGGUUGUGAGGUCGAAAUCCUUGGAGUCAGACCAAGUUAUUGCCGUGAGUACUUCAGCGUCCCAACAGACAAAGACUUUGCACAGGCCAUCAGUGAUGCUCUCGAGUCUUUGCGCAAUGGCAGUGCAGAGAUGGCUGCGGUGUACUACGAGCGUAUUGAUGUGGAAGGUCACCACUAUGGUCCUUUAUCCCAGCAGCGGAAGAAUGUUUUGAAGGAGGUGGACAAAGCCCUGAGCGACAUGAUCACGCUUAUCAAGAAGAAGGACCUUCAGCAUGAUAUCGAUGUCAUCCUCUUCUCUGAUCAUGGGAUGACAGACAUUUCUUGGGCAGACAAAGUGAUUGAGCUGAAAAAGUAUAUCAAUAUGAGCGAUACCAUACAAAUGAAGGACAGAGGUCCUGUUGUGAGCCUCUGGCCAGCUCCAGAGAAGCAUGCAGAGAUAUAUCAAAAAUUGAAAGCUGUGGAACACAUGCAUGUUUAUAACAUACAGGAUAUUCCAGACAGGUUUUUCUACAAAAAAGGAAAAUUUGUGUCUCCUCUAACUCUUGUAGCCGACGAAGGAUGGUUCAUAGUAGAGAGCAGGGACAAGCUGCCCUUCUGGGAGAACGGGACAGGGAGGAAAGAGGCCUGGCAAAAUGGUUGGCACGGCUACGACAACGAGCUCAUGGACAUGAGAGCUUUCUUCAUCGCGUUUGGGCCAGAUUUCCGAUCCAACUUCCGAGCACCUCCCAUCAGAUCCGUGGAUGUUUACAACAUCAUGUGCAGCCUGGCAGGAAUACAGCCACUGCCCAACAAUGGCUCCUGGUCCAGGGUGGAGUGCAUGCUCCGAAACACAGCUCCUUUAGCACCACUCCCCCCACACAGCAGCUGUGCCCUGACCCUAGCUCUGCUCUCCCUAUUUGCCAAGCAGAUCUCCUUACUGUGAAGCCUGAACAAUGUCAGUCAGUGUCACCAGCAACUCCAUCCUUCUCUUUUUUUCUUUUUUUAAAUUCUUCAUUUGAAUAACAACUUCAUUAAUAGGGUGCUGCCCUGCACUCCUCUGUCAUGCUCCACCAGGCGUGAAUCUGACCCAUCCUGCUUUUACAGUGGUUAUAACAUAAAGACAGCUUUUGUGUUGCUCAAAAUACAGCCAGGAACGUCAGUGCUGCUACUGUGAUUUACAGCACUGGUAACAAGAGCAGAAUCCCAUUUGGCUAUCCACAAAAUUUUCUGGUGAGUGUACAUGGAGAUUUCUGAGCAUCAAACAUGUCUUACUCUGGCACCUCUAACUGAGAGACUGACCCUGGCUCUUGGUGCUGAGAAACUCAGGGGUGGAGACAGACCUCUGUACAUUUUUGUUCUUUCUGAUUUAUUCCUUCAUCUCCAGCAGAGCCCCACCUUCUCCUUGCAGUGCCAGACAAGCCCAACCCGUACCAACAUGUGCUUCAAGGAGCCAAGCUCUUUGCUGAGCAAUCGUAAUGCCGAGAGGGGUGGAUCAGCAGGAAAGCAGUGGGAGCAUCCUACUUCUCUCAGCCUUUCCUUCUUCAUUUUCCCUGAAAUGAACCCUGGCCCUGCACUCCUCCAGGGCUGGGCUUUCCUCACAGAUUGCAGUGGAGGGGAGGGCUGGGAAAGGGAAAAGCAAUAGAAAUCCUCUACUUCAAAACCAGGAGGAAAGUGCAAAGACAUCUGGAUGCACAGGGAUCAGGAGAAAGUAGGAUGAGAAAGCCUGGCAUUUAACUGCCUCUCUGCUUUUCCUGGUGAAGAUAAUAUCUGAUCAGAUUUGAGGGGUUUGUACCCAAUUUUGUUUCUGAAGCUUUUUCAACACUUACUGCUCUUCUACCAGCUCUUGCUCUCUACAACUCUGCCCAGUGAGCUGCACAUUCCUCUUUAUUCUGCAGCAGGGAGAGAGGUCUGCAUUGAUGGAUCUCCCACUCUCUCUGCUAAUCCUAAUUAAUAUUUCCAUCACUGACUGUCAAGUCCAAACAAAGUUGUAAGAGUAAAGUUAAAUAGCAGGAGAGGAUGGAGCUGUUGUUGGAGGUAAUGCCUCUGAAGUUUAAGGCAAAUGGAUUAUGUAAUCCUGAAAAAAUCAAUGUGGCAGACAUAUUAAAUCCUUGAAAAAAAUGAUUUUGCUCUAUUCAUUCUGUCCAGCACAGCCAUGGAUCCACCUUGAGGUGCUAUCCAACACAGGGCUGGUGGCAAAGCCAGCACCACGGUCUGUCAGCUCAGAAUAUUCAUUUCACUUAAUUAUUAAAUCGUCUAGUUGUCAGAGUCCGUGCUGUUACAUAUGUAUGCCAUGGUGGGUCAUUAGAGAGGUGUUCUUUUUACAUCAUUAAAUUUCUACUGUGAAACAAGCUCCUCUAGACCUGGGCUGUAAAGCUCUGAUCCUGCAAAGUGUCCUUUCCUCUUCAGGAGGCUGUGGCCUUCGGCAAUGCCUUUGGGAGUGAUCAACGCUUUUUCCAAUAUACCUCUGAACCAGGAGCUUUCCAUGACAAACUGCCUUUGGAAGGAUUCUCAGGGGUGUCCCCCCCUCAUUGCAAAAUAAAUCUCUGGGACUUCUUCUUAUGGAUCCAGAGUCAAGCACGAUCCAGGUGGAUCCAGAGCCAAGCAUGAUCUGGGAUCGUGUGAUACAGUGAAUUUCAGGAUGAAUGAUUACACCGUGGAAAGAAAACCCAAACACCAAAUUAAAUGUUGACAAAAGACUUCUGUAAUAGCUGUAAAGAUUUAUGUAACGUGUUUUUAAAGCUCAAGUGAACCAUCAAAUCAGUUGGGAAAAAAAGGGGAGAAAAAUCAGUCUUUGUUAUUAGACUGUUCAGUAUAAAAGGCAAUUUAAUGCUUUUGAAGCAUUUGCAGUAGCUGUAAAACAAGCACCUAUUGUUCAGAGUUCCCUGUUGCUCUUUAAUGGACCAGGCUCAAUGAAUUCACUGGAGCACAUUUUUAAAAUGAAAAAAUUAUCAGUAUACAAGAUAACCAAGUUUUGUUUGAAAAUCAACAGGAUAGAUACAGUCAGUGCUUGUUAAUCCCCUUAUGGCCUACCAUUUUAACUCUUACAGUGAGCAGAAUCCAAGGUUCUUUUACAGAAAAAAGACCCCAAGACUGUAAAGGUAUAUUUAGAUUCUCAUUUAUACAAGCAGAAAUCGAAAAUAACAAAUCAGAUCCAUUCGGUUGUUCCAGGGAUGGGCCACGACACACACAACCAACAUUGAUCCCUGGGAGUACUCUGUGUAACUCACUUUUGUCAGUGUUCACAUGCAAAUAGUGCAGAAUAAAUCUUUUAAAUGCAAUAUAAUUUGUUUUACCUUACUGCCAGCAUUGUGUUUACGGCAAUACACCUCAAAAGAUACUUGAACUGUAAAAAGGAAAUUUGAUGGUAGACCUACAAGAAGCUCAUUAGCUUCAGGAGAACUACAGCUGAUUAUUUUUUGAGAAGUGCACCUUUCUCCCUUGGAUAUGUUGUACCUCUGAAUCAGUUCACUUUCUCAUUCAAAAAUCAAUUGUCUUGACUCUAAGCCUGUUUUUCUGUAUACUGUGCAGCAGAGGUGGGUGUACUUUAAAACCUAUUUCUGAAUUAUGUUUUUUUACAAUGACUGAUUGUGAAUGAGUGAAUAAUUCUAAGAAUGCUGUUAGACAAAAAUAUGCAUCUUUUUGUAAAUACUGUAAGAUUCUGGGAAAAAAAAAAUGCCUCUGUAACACCUUGCCUUUCUUGUUUGAUUGCUGCAUCAAAGUGUGAUAAACAGUGUUUGAAGCUUGUGCUGAUUAAUCAUCAGAAAGAUGAAUGAUAACAUUGUUUAGAAAUAGGAAAGUUGUCAGCAUGUAAAUUAGGGACAUUAAAUACAUCACACGAAAUACUGUAGCUUGUAUAUGCAGUCCUUUUUUCCAGCUGUAUUUCAAUAUUUAACUUUUUGAACAUCCAUGCAGGGACGUAUAAUGCACACUAGCAAAUGGACAUGACAAACCAUUUUUCUCUUCUAGGAAGACAGGUGAGCCUUAGGUGUUCUGCAGAGCCAUUUCUCCAAGCCCAUCUUGUUUCCAUUACAUUAGCUGCUUGCACAGAAGUCAGGUUCAUUGUCACUAGUACCAUGGUUCAGUGUCAUUAGGGCUUUCUGGAGCACUCAUGGUACAUCCUGCUUCCCAACACAGGGUGGUGCAAAUGGCAACCAAAAAGACCUCCCCAAAACCACACCAAGAGCCUCAAGGGCAAGGGGCCCUAGUCUUGCUUAAAGGUCCACAAACCAACAACAAUGUUCACAGAAUAGACCGAUUUAAUAGAAAUAAAAUUCCACUCAGCAGGUUUGGAGCCUAUCUUGUUUUCCUUAAAUUAACUGACCAGAAGGGCAGGGAGGGGAUGAUGGAGAAACCAAAUCUGGGAAAGCAAUGAGUCCUUCAAUUCACAGUAGGACUACCUUUGAACUGGCAGCACCACCAAGCUCUGCCCAGAGAUGCUCCUCCUGUGACCCAUGAACACAGGUCCUGCAAACAAGAGAGUGCUGAGAGACAGCGUGGGAAUCGGUCUCAGUCAGGUCCCUGUAGUUGUGCCCAUUUUCCCACCUAAAUAAGCUGGACCAUUUUCAUCAAUGAGUUUGGCAGACGUAUAGAUGGCACAACUGACCAGGGCUCAAUGGGUGAGCCCUCCAGCAUCUCUUGGGAUGCACCUUACAUCGCCCACGCAGACUGCAGCCCCAUGGAGACUUCUUCCCAUCUGCCUGGAUGCUGACCACAGCCCUCCACAAGUAACAGGACUUCACAACUAAAGGGGUGAAUUAAGAGAUUUCAUGGCUCUGGCCACCUUCCUUGUCUUCUGACUGCUCAGCAGAAGUCAAAAUAUCUGUCAGAUGUCCAGAUGUCUGGGGAAGCUGCAGACCAAAUGACCUCUGAACACUGGAAGGGAAAAGCAUUGGAAAAGCUCAGUGCAACAUUUGCCCCUCCUGCUUUCCCUGUAAGGCUGUGGCAGAGGGCUGGCAGCUGCAAAGCCAAUGGGAAUUUUUUAAGAAAGCAUGGCUUAAUGAAGGGAAAAGUUUGAAGCCCUCCAUUUCAGCCUAACAAGUCCUUAAUAGCUGUUUUGAAAGACAACUUUCACUUACAUGGAAAAAUGUUUUUGUGUAGGUACUGAAACACAUUGGUGUUAAAGGAAGGUUAUUGUGGAGUGCUCAAAACCAAGAACAUUCCAGACUUACUGCUGACUGUGCACCAUAAUUCUCAAGCUUUGUAUGGAGAUUUAUAGCUGUAGAGAUUA